AUGGCCGUCGCUAAAACUGCAUUACAGAUAAGGCUGCCUCCACUACCAAGCAUCAAGGAUGUCAUCAAACUCUACAAAUUACGCGCUUUACGAGAGCUGUCACAGAAUUUUCUCAUGGAACCGAGACUUAUUGACAAAAUAGUGCGUGCCUCAGGUAAUAUUCAGAAUCAUACCGUUUGUGAAGUUGGACCCGGCCCGGGUGGAAUAACUCGGUCUAUAAUAAGGCAGGCACCUAAGAAACUUGUUUUAAUUGAAAAAGACCCUCGGUUCUUACCAUCGUUGGAGCUUUUAGCCGAUGCUUGUCGAGAUAAAGUCGAUGUUGACAUUAUAACGGGUGAUAUUUUGAAAACAGAUUUAAGUCAAUUUAUACCGAGUGAUGCAAAAGUCCACUGGUUGGAUCCACCUCCACCAGUUCACCUCAUUGGCAAUCUACCAUUUAGCGUGUCUACAAUUUUGAUCAUAAGAUGGUUGGAGAUGAUAUCUAAACAUGAAGGACCAUGGUUGUUUGGGAGAACAAGAAUGACUCUUACUUUUCAAAAAGAAGUUGCAGAGAGAAUGGCUGCCCGUAUCUUAGAUAAGCAAAGGUGCAGGUUAUCAGUUAUGUGUCAAUCUUGGUGCACUGUAAAAUACAAUUUUGAUAUACCAGGUACUGCAUUUUUGCCGAAGCCAGAUGUAGACGUCGGUGUAGUUACUCUAACACCAUUAAAACAUCCAAUAAUAAAAUUGCCAUUUAAACUUACUGAGAAAGUUGUCCGUCAAAUAUUUUCAAUGAGACAAAAGUAUUCGAUACGGGGUGCUCAGACGUUGUUCCCAGAAGAAGUGAGAGAAGAGGUAGCUUUAAAAAUGUACAACAUUGCUGAUAUUGACCCUGUGACCAGGCCUUUUCAGAUAACCAAUAUGGAAUUUGCCAGAUUAUGUGAAGCAUACAAUGAUAUCAUAAAGCAACAUCCUGAGUUUGAGCAUUAUGAUUACAGAGCACCAAAAAAUAAAAAUAAUCUUAUAAAUGCAGAGGAAGUUAAUAUAGAAUGUAACAUGUGAACUGUAGAUACUUUAUAAAUAAAACAAAUUUAGUUUCA